CUAGUUUACUUCUCAAUGCUCCCCAGCCCUCUAUAAAUAGGCUACUUCUACGCCUGAGUUCUCUCACUCUCUUCCUUGUCCUACUUUUUCUCGCACUAAGUUCACAGAAAAAGAUAAGAAGGCUCUGUAUUUGGGAAUUUUGUUGAAUUUUCAGUCGAUUUUUUGUUUCUUAAAGAAGGAAUGGCAAAAGUUGGUGGGAUCAGUGAAUCUAAGGGCAAUGAGAACAGCCUUGAAAUUGAGAGCCUGGCUAAGUUUGCUGUGGAUGAUUACAACAAGAAACAGAAUGCCCUUUUGGAAUUUCAGAAGGUGAUCAACAGUAAAGAGCAGGUGGUUGCUGGUACCGUGUACUAUCUGACCAUUGAGGUGAAAGAUGGGAAUCAGAAGAAGCUUUAUGAGGCCAAAGUUUGGGUGAAGCCAUGGUUGAACUUCAAGGAGGUUCAAGAAUUCAAGCCUGCUGCUGGUGAUACUAGUGCCUGAAUUUGCUUCUUAACAAUGCGCUGUUGCCUAUUUGCCUAGUAGAAAUAAAGCUAACGCGUAAAUGUCUUUCAGUUGGAAAGAUUGGAGUUUCAAACUUGCUUAGUUUGUAUAUGCUAUAACUCGUAAUAUUAACAUGUUAGUAACAUGUUAUCUUAUGUUGGAUAGAUGUUAGAGCAACAUAAUCUUCGCUGAUGUUCGGUUCGAUGUGAUCUGAUCCUGUGGUUUUUAUACCACUCUGGCUUGAGUAUCAUUACCCUUUGCUCCUCUAUGUGGCUCUUAUUGUUGAAAUAAAAAGUCAUAUUUCUCUUUUCA